AUGCCGAGACUCGUGCGCCGCAAGCCGCUCUUCGAGCGCAUCAAGGCCAUGCUGAACCCCAUGGACUUGCUGCUCGCGCUGUCCGAGGAGAUCGAGACGCGCGAGUGGAACUCCCAGGUCGUCGGCACCCAGAUGGGCCUGGUCAUGAACUUUGUCUUCCUGGUCGCGCGCGCCAACUCCAGCCUGAAGUCCAAGGUUGACGACGUCUUUGGAGACGGCGACGAUUUGAGCUACAUGAAGUUCGUCUUCGGCACCCUUGCCUGGUGUCUUGCCGGCUUCGCCGUGCUCAACUCGGUCUACACCAUCAACCGAACCCGGAAAUACCGACUCUUCGAGGCCGACGUGGAGAAGGAGUACGACACCCCCUCGGCACAGCGCGUGCGGGUGCAGUCGUCGCCCGCCUCGGCCUCGCCUCUGCGCUUCCUCGCCGACAUGGUGAGCUCCGAGAGCGCCGAGUCGAGAGCUCACCCCGACCGCACCCGCGACGUCUGGGAGCUUUCCAUCUGGGACCCCCUCCCCAUCGGCCUGCAGAUCUUCUGUCUAUUCAGCCCGGGGCACAUACUGGUUUACUGGAUGUUCAUCCCACUGGCACCGAUGGACCCGAGACCCAGCGUCACCAUCUUCAACUGCCUGCUCCUGCAGGUCAUCCUCUCGGCACAGCUGCUGUUGUUGCAGUCGAGGUUCUCCCAGCAGAAUAAAGACACGGCCAUCAUCCAGAAGGAGGUGAUGCAUGAAUACGACACCAAAUUUGUUCACCCGAGGCUGUACCCCACCGUCCGGGAUGCUGCCACCCAGCUCUCUGUGGACGAUGACGGUAACGACCAGGAGUACGUUCAAGUCGGCACACCCCAAACUCUGUUGCGCCGCGGGUUCAAGACAAACCCGAAUCCCAACUAUGUAAAACACAUUGACCCAGACGGCACGCCGCACGUUCGCUCUAGCACCCCAAACACCAGGAACCCCGGACUAUUCACGCCGCCCGUGGCGAGGCAAUCUGACGUCUUUUCGUCCAGUAUCAAUAGCCGGCCAGCUGCUUUGAUGAGGAGAAGCACUCCUGGGUUCGCCAGUUCUUUAAAUGCGACACCAUCUCAUUCCAUCUCGACAAGUACAACGACGCAAACACAAACACAAACACAAGCCCAACCCCAGGGGAACGGUGGCUACCUCGGAGUUUACACCCAUCCCAGCUCACCACUGAAAAAGGCCCCUAGUCUGGGCGAUCUUCACCACCGGACACCUCGCAACAACAGCGAGAUGGCCCAGCUGGAGCAGUAUCAGGCUUACAGUGGAAGGGAACGUAGCAGCAGCCCCAUGAAGAGUGCACGGAAAAGCACGGGCACACUGCCUUCGGCAACUCAAACGGGGCCUAACCCCUGGAUGAGGAACAACAGGCAAUCAUACGAGAGAUAUCCUUCCAUGUGGCGGUAA